AUUUGCUGCCGGCCUCUUGUCUCGGUCCUCGCUGCUGCUUGUCCCGCUGUAGUCAUGGCCGUCGCGACGCCCCUGUCUCCCGAAGACCUGCUGUUGCCCAAGGGUGCCACGGGCAAGGCCGACGAACUGGAAGGGGAGAUAGAGGAGGACGACGACGAGCUGGAUGAGACAUUGACAGAGAGGCUUUGGGGUUUGACAGAGAUGUUCCCAGAGAGCUUCCGAUCUGCAGCAGGAGCUACUUUUGACGUGUCCCUUUCUGUAGCCCAGAAAAUGUACAGAUUCUCCAGGGCAGCUUUGUGGAUUGGAACCACUUCCUUCAUGAUUCUAGUUCUUCCUGUUGUUUUUGAAACGGAGAAACUCCAGAUGGAGCAGCAGCAGCAGAUGCAGCAACGGCAGAUUUUAUUAGGACCCAAUACAGGGUUGUCUGGAGGAAUGCCAGGUGCUUUGCCCUCUCUUCCUGGAAAGAUGUGAUGAAGCUACACUGGAGCCAUAUUAUGGCAGGAAAUCUUGAAAUCCUUUGAACUGUUUGGUUAGGCUGGGGCAUUUUUUUCUUUAAACUUUGGAACAUUUGCCUAUUCACCAUGGAGGCAGAACUCGAAUCAGGAUCUCCUGAAAUAGGCUCUCUUCUGUCAUCUUUAGGCAAUUAUGACUUUUCCAUUUACCUUCUCAGCCAAUGUUAUAAGCAACUGCAAAUAUUUUAGAAGUUUGUUUUGGUAUACUUACCUCCAGAAAACCACCUCAGGAUAUGUCAGAUUCUGGCCAAACUUUAGGCAGUAAUAUUGUCUGUGCACAUAGUCCUGAUACUUUCCUGCUGUAUCCAAGACCUAUUUCAAAGCAGUAACAGCAAGACAUGGAGUAAAUGUGCCAGCAGUUACAGCAAAUGGAAGAAACGUCCGUGUAGUAAGCUCCUACCUGAAGUUAUAUACCAUACAAUGUUAUUGUUUGAAACGUAAGGAAAGCAGGAAAAGUCAUUUUCGCCAACUCUAUGCUGAAUCUAUUGGUAUCAAAGUCAGUUACAGCACUUUUGUAUUAAAUAGUUUCAGUGCAAA